UUCCCGUUAUUCAGGUUGAAUCAGUGAAUGUAAAUGUUGCUCCAUGUCUCCAUCUAGUGGACUGAUAGUAGAAGUGCAGCAGCUGAUGGCAGCUUCCUCUGCCUCUCUGCUGUCUGACUGCAUUCACCUGACACUGAUAUGAAGCAGAGAAGAAGAGCCAAUCAGAGGAGGAGCAGCUGAUCUUUUUCCAGCUCUAAUGAUGUAAAGGAUGAUCAGAGUUGAUGUGCAGAUGAAUGAUGUGUGUUUCCUCUGCAGGUGAAGGUAGAAAGUGUGUGUGAGCUGAUGUGAAUUCAGCAGCAUGGAUCAGUGUGAGGACAGAGAGGAGGGAGUCCCUCCCUCUAAAACCACUCUGUGUGGGGAAGAUGAGAGCCAGAGCAAAGGUCAGAGGAUCCAUCAGAGACUCAAACCAGAACCAGAACCCAGCUGUGUGUCCUUUAAGAGCAACAGGUCAAAGAAUGCAAUCUUUGACUUUAAAUCUCCUGGAUGUCCACCAUCAGAGAGGAUCCAUCAGAGAUUCACACCAGAACCAAAACCCAGCAUUGUGCCCUUCAGGAGCAACAGGUCAAAGAAUAAUCCCAUUUACUUUAAAUCGCCUGGAUCUCCACCAUCAUGGAGAGUGGACCAGCAGAGUUCAGAGAUUCAUAGAGAUCUGUCUACCCAGCAGCAUCAAACACAGCUGGACUCCAUAUUUAUGCUGCUGGAGAAGAACAUUGUCAGUUUUGUGAAGAACGAGUUAAAGAAGAUCCAGAAGGUUCUGAAUCCAGAUUACACAGAAUGCUCAGAGAGUCAGAAAAAAGAUAAGGUGUUGGAAGGUGAGGAAGAAGAACAGAGGAGGAGCAGCAGAGAGGCAGUGAUGAAGAUCACAAUGAACUUCCUGAGGAGGAUGAAGCAUGAAAAGCUGGCUGACCGACUGAUGAACAAACAUCUUGCUACAGUUUGUCAACAUCAACUUAAAUCUGGUCUGAAGAAGAAGUUCCAGUCUGUGUUUGAGGGGAUUGCUAAAGCAGGAAGUCCAACCCUUCUGAACCAGAUCUACACAGAGCUCUACAUCACAGAGGGAGGGACUGGAGAGGUCAAUGAUGAACAUGAGGUCAGACAGAUUGAAACAGCAUCCAGGAAAUCAAACAGACCAGAAACAACAAUCAGACAAGAAGACAUCUUUAAAGUUCCACCUGGAAGAGAUCAACCAAUGAGAACACUGAUGACAAAGGGGGUGGCUGGCAUUGGGAAAACAGUCUUAACACAGAAGUUCACUCUGGACUGGGCUGAAGACAAAGCCCACCAGAACAUCCAGUUAAUAUUUCCAUUCAUGUUCAGAGAGUUGAAUGUGUUGAAAGAGAAAAAGUUCAGUUUGGUGGAACUUGUUCAUCACUUCUUUACUGAAACCAAAGAAAUCUGCAGCUUUGAACACUUGCAAGUUCUGUUCAUAUUUGAUGGCUUGGAUGAGAGUCGACUUCCUCUGGACUUCCACAACAAGGAGAUCCUGACUGAUGCUACAGAGUCCACCUCAGUGGAGGUUCUGCUGACAAACCUCAUCAGGGGGAAACUGCUUCCUUCUGCUCUCCUCUGGAUAACCACACGACCUGCAGCAGCCAAUCAGAUCCCUCCUCAGUGUGUUGGCAUGGUGACAGAGGUCAGAGGGUUCAAUGACCCACAGAAGGAGGAGUACUUCAGGAAGAGAAUCAGAGAUGAGGACCAGGCCAGCAGGAUCAUCUCCCACAUGAAGACAUCACGAAGCCUCCACAUCAUGUGCCACAUCCCAGUCUUCUGCUGGAUCACUGCUACAGUUCUGGAGGAUGUGUUGAAGAACAGAAAGGGAGGAGAGCUGCCCAGAACCCUGACUGAGAUGUAUAUCCACUUCCUGGUGGUUCAGACCAAAGUGAAGAAGGUCAAGUAUGAUGGAGGAGCUGAAACAGAUCCACACUGGACUCCAGAGAGCAGGAAGAUGAUUGAGUCUCUGGGAAAACUGGCUUUUGAUCAGCUGCAGAAAGGAAACCUGAUCUUCUAUGAAUCAGACCUGAUAGAGUGUGGCAUCAAUAUCAGAGCAGCCUCAGUGUACUCAGGAGUGUUCACACAGAUCUUUAAAGAGGAGAGAGGUCUGUACCAGGACAAGGUGUUCUGCUUCGUCCAUCUGAGUGUUCAGGAGUUUCUGGCUGCUCUUCAUGUUCAUCUGACCUUCAUCAACUCUGGUGUCAACCUGAUGAAAGAAACACAAACGUCUAAGAAAUUUCCAUCAAUUAAUAAACCUAAACUAAAGUCUAUCCAUCAGAGAGCUGUUGAUCAGGCCUUACAGAGUCCAAAUGGACACCUGGACUUGUUCCUCCGCUUCCUCCUGGGUCUUUCACUGCAGACCAAUCAGAGAGUCCUACAAGGUCUGCUGACACAAACACAAAGUAGUUCACACGCCAAUCAGGAAACAGUUCAGUACAUCAAGGAGAAGAUCAAUAAAAAUGUGUCUGCAGAGAAAAGUAUCAAUCUGUUCCACUGUCUGAAUGAACUGAAUGAUCGUUCUCUAGUGGAGGAGAUCCAACAGUCUCUGAGUUCAGGAAGUCUCUCCACAGAUAAACUGUCUCCUGCUCAGUGGUCAGCUCUGGGUUUCAUCUUAGUGUCAUCAGGAAAAGAUCUGGAUGUGUUUGACCUGAAGAAAUACUCUGCUUCAGAGGAGGUUCUUCUGAGGCUGCUGCCAGUGGUUAAAGCCUCCAACAAAGCUCUACUGAGUGACUGUAACCUCUCAGAGAGAAGCUGUGAAGCUCUGUCCUCAGUUCUCAGCUCCCAGUCCUCCAGUCUCAGAGAACUGGACCUGAGUAACAACAACCUGCAGGAUUCAGGAGUGAAGCUUCUCUCUGCUGGACUGAAGAGUCCAAACUGCAACCUGGAAACUCUCAGCUUAUCAGGCUGUUUGGUCUCAGAGGAAGGCUGUGCUUCUCUGGCCUCAGCUCUGACCUCCAACCCCUCCCAUCUGAAAGAGUUGGACCUGAGCUACAAUCAUCCAGGAGACUCAGGAGUGAAGCUGCUGUGGGCUGGACUGAAGGAUCCACACUGGAGACUGGAAGCUCUCAGGGUGGAGCCUGCUGGAGUCCGAUUCCUGACACCAGGUCCAUGGAGAUAUUCCUGUCAACUCACCAUCGACACAAACACAGUGAGCAGAAAACUCAAACUGUCUGAAGACAACAGGAAGGUGACAUGUGUAGAGGAGCUUCAGUCAUAUCCUGAUCAUCCAGACAGAUUUGAUGACUGGAAUCAGCUGCUGUGUAGAACUGGUCUGACUGGUCGCUGUUACUGGGAGGUCGAGUGGAGAGGAGAAGUUGAUAUAUCAGUGAGUUACAGAAGAAUCAGGAGGAAAGGAAACGGUGAAGACUGUGUGUUUGGAUGGAAUGAUCAUUCCUGGAGUCUGAACUGCUCUGAUGUUAAAGGUUACUCUGUCUGGCACAAUAACAUAGAAACUCGUCUCUCCUCCUCCUCUGUCUCUAACAGAGUAUCAGUGUAUGUGGACUGUCCUGCUGGCAUUCUGUCCUUCUACAGAGUUUCCUCUGACUCACUGAUCCUCCUCCACACCUUCAACACCAAAUUCACUGAACCUCUGGUUCCUGGAUUCGGGUUCUGGAGGUUCAGUUCUGGUUCCUCAGUGUUUCUGUGCUGAGUCUAAAGAGUCUAUAGAGUCUAAUAUACAUGUCUUUUAUGUUCUUCUGUGGGAGCUGAAGGAAGAACAGCUUAUCCCGCUCUCUCUCAUUCUUACUGAUA